AGUCAACUUCACACCAUCAGCUGAGCUUACUGUCACGUUUUUUCACACAGCAAGUUGUCAAUUUUUUUCGCAUCGCAAUUGUUGUUGUGCAUCGCAAAAGAAAAUAGAAGCAAAAUUUGCUGCUUCCACCAAGAAAAAGAAAAUUUUCCAUUGAUUCCUACGGCAAAAGUGCAACAGCGUACCCAAUGAACUACGGUGGAUGACUGUGGGUACGGGUAGGUAGUGAAAUUGGGUGGAAAAUAUGUGGAGUUGAGACACAAAAGAGGUGCGAAAAAAGUGCAAAAGUGACAAAGAAAAGUUUUGCGGGGAGAACAUGGCGAAACCUGACGUCAGCUACAGCGCCUUGAACAAUGAAGGAAGGAAUCCCUUUGUGCAGCCAUCGCGCUACGAGCAGGAUAUUGAGGAUUCGGACAAUGAUGAGGAGGCACCCCCCACAAGUGGGAUUGUUAUUCAUGUAGCGCCCGAAGCUGGGAAAGCACGAUGGAAUCACAUUGAGGAUUUGGAUUCGUUCUUCUCGCGAAUGUACUGCUAUCAUCAGAAACAUGGAUUUUGGGUGAUGAUGCUGCAGGAAUUCUUUGAGUUGGGCCAAUUCAUCAUCGUGGUGGCAUUCACGUCCUAUCUCAUGCACUGCGUAAACUAUCCAGUUCUCUUUGGGGAUGGAAGGAAAAAUGUCACGGAUAAGGUUACAAUUCCUAUGGCUCUGUAUAGUGGUUCGACGUGCAUUGCAACAUUCGGCGCAUGGACGUGGACAGCGUUGACCCUGUCAGCCCUUUUCUGGUUCUUCCGACUCAUCAAAUUCCUCUAUCACUUCAUACAAUUCUGGGAUAUAAAGCAAUUCUUCAAUAUUGCCCUCAAAAUUGAAGAUUCUGAACUGGACAAUCUGACUUGGCAUGAGGUCCAGAGUCGUAUUAGGGAGGUACAGUCGGAGCAGCAAAUGUGCAUACAUAAGGAACAACUAACUGAAUUAGAUAUUUAUCAUCGUAUUUUAAGAUUUAAAAAUUACACCGUGGCCAUGAUGAACAAGAAUAUCCUUCCUGCCAAGAUUAGGCUGCCGUUUUUGGGUGAGGUUAGCAUUCUUAGUCGUGGAUUGCGCUACAAUAUGGACCUUAUUUUAUUCUGGGGUCCAUGGUCUCCAUUUGAGAACAACUGGCACCUCCGGGAGGAUUUUAAGCGUGCCAAUUUGCGCAAGGAUCUCGCAACGAAGCUCUCAAAGCAAAUUUCAUGGGUUGCGCUGACAAAUCUCAUUCUCUGCCCCCUCAUCUUCCUCUGGCAGCUCAUGUAUUUCUUCUUUAACUACGCUGAAUUGCUGAAACGCGAACCGGGGAAAUUGGGGACACGCUGCUGGUCCCAAUAUGGACGUCUCUACCUGCGACAUCUCAAUGAACUCGAUCACGAACUCGAUGCACGCCUCAAUCGAGCGUACAGACCUGCAGUGAAGUACAUGAACUCCUUCUCAUCACCCCUGAUGGCUGUUAUUGCUCAGAAUGUUGUCUUCAUUUGCGGUGGUGUAUUGUCGGUGUUUCUCGUUCUCACGGUGUACGAUGAGGAUGUAAUGCAGGUGCAGCAUGUACUGACCAUUAUUUCCAUCCUUACGGCCAUUGUGGUGAUCUUCCGUGCCUUUAUCCCCGAAGAGAAUAUGAUUUGGUGUCCGGAACAACUUCUAACGGCUGUCCUGGCGCACGUUCACUAUCUCCCCGUAACGUGGCGUGGGAAGGCCCACACGAGUCAUGUACGUGAUCAAUUUGGGCAGUUGUUUCAGUACAAGGCGUCAUACUUGCUGAAUGAACUGUUCAGCCCACUCGUGACGCCUUUUGUACUACUCUGCUCCCUGAGGCCACGUGCAUUGGAUAUUGUGGAUUUUUUCCGGAAUUUCACAGUGAGUGUUGUGGGUGUUGGGGAUGUUUGUUCCUUUGCCCAAAUGGACAUACGACGACAUGGGAACCCAGAUUGGCAGCUGACGCCAAGUACGGAGGCUGAACCGGACUUUAUGCCAACAUGCGAAACAAAUCAGUACACUCAGGCGGAACAUGGAAAAACCGAACUAUCCCUCAUGCACUUUACAAAGACAAACCCGACGUGGAAGAUGCCUGAGGAGGCAAAGAAGUUUGUUCAAGGAAUAACGAAACACGCAGUGAAUGAUCUCAAUCGUACACGUAUCUCCGUGGCACCGGGAACGGCAUGUGGGGGUGGCGGCUUCCUCGGGGGUACAGCCAUGGGGGAGAGUUUAAUGUCAAUGGGUAGCCUAGGGGGUGACUACACGUCAAUUGUGCAGUCCGUGCUGCGACAGAAUCAAACGCUAAAUAACUCCCAGAUGGGACAAUCAUUCUUCCAUAUCCCAACGCACACGGCUGCGGGUGUGCAAGAGCAGCAACAGCAGGCUGCAGCGCAUCAGGUAACGAUGGAUUUCGAGCGGAUGCUCCAUCAGAAUCUCACGGAUACGUCUGUGCCACUGAGGAGUACCCUCCUGACGGAUAUUGCGGAGGAUGACGAUGGUACAACGACAAGGAGUGUCGGUGGGAUGACGACGUCAACGAUACACGGGAGACUGGGGCAGCGUGGGAUGAGUUCUAGUCUACGUGGGGUACGUCGAAGGGAGGGUUCGAUGGAAUUGGAUCCCAAUGGGAUACUCUACAGCCUACGAUGCCUCCCAACAAAUGACGUCCAGCCAGCGGAACUAGCGCCAGCUGAUAUGAGCUUAAGUACUCUCUUCCUCCAUGAACUCCAUCAUCGUCAUAUGACGCGUCGUGGUGUUCGACUAGAGGAGCAGAGUCAUCAUCGACAAAUGUGGCAGACACCGCAUCAACAGCAACAACCACAACCAUCAACCUCCUCAUCUGCUGCUCUUGCUGGACCCUCGUCGUCAUCGUCAACGGGCCUGGCGGAGAGGACACCCCUCUUGGGCACGAAGAAGUCAUAGCAAUGCGCCGAAUGGGUCUAGCAUGUAGUUGUUUAGGCCUCCACCCCACGUGUGAGAUUAUCCUCCUGCGCCUUUUCAAACUCCCGACCAAAAAAAAAUCUCAAAAGUUGCGGGAAAUGGACACAUAAAAAAUCAAAUCAGUUUUCUUCUUGUUUAGUGUCUUUUCUUUUCUUUUAAUCUACAAACAUUUAGUAUGAUGUGAAAGUGUGACUGUCUGUUUUUUUUCUUUUCUUUUAACAUGUUUUGAUUUUCUUUUCUUUUUGUUUCUUUGCUCUCCGCAUAAUAUUUUAAGGAGUGAGAGAUAAAACGAAAGAAAAAAAAAAGAGAAUAGUGGAAAAAUAUCGUAAAAAUGUAAAUAAAAUCAUACAAACAGCUUCUUUUAAUAUAUUAUUUUAAUUUAGAAUUUUUAAUAAAGAAACAACAAUUAAUAAUAAAAUUAACAAAAAAUCCUUUGUAAAUAUAUUGUAGAAAUGCCGAAGAAGAAUGUCUCUGGAAGCACAAUUUGUUUGAAGAAGAAAUUAUACAAAAAAAUGAUGAUUACUACAGAUUUAGUUGGAUAAAUUACAAAACAAAACAGAAAAGAAGUGAAAUAAAACAAAGAUUAAAAAGUGAA